CUGUACAGAAGGAGAGCAGAGUUUCCAGCACAGCAGAAUACAAAUACCAGCAUUUUGAUUUCAGAAGGUCAGUCAUGCAGUCCUGGAGUUCUGCCUUCUGUGUCCUGAUCUUACUGAUCACUACACUGACUACUGUGUCUGGAGCAGCUCCCACUGAAAUAAAGGUGAAGCUUAAUGACUCUGCGACUCUCCCCUGUAAUGACAGAUGUUCUGGUUUGGUCACGUGGUUCCAGAAAUCUGGUAUUGUUGUGGCUCAGUGUAACCAGACUUCAUGCCUGUCAGUGAAGGAUGGAUUUGAGAUGUUCUAUGAUCAGUACCUGAAGGGGAAUAACUCUCUCAUCAUACCCGAAGCUGAUACCAGUAAGAUCAGCGAGUACACAUGUCAGUGUGAUCUUAAGACCAUCAGUGCUGUGCAGCUUCACGUUGAUGCUGUUCCUUCAGUAAAGGCGGAUCUUCAUGGGAAUGCUACUCUGUACUGCUCUGUGGAUUGUUCUGGUUUGGCUACAUGGUUCAGAACCAGAUAUCCCAGUGAUGUUGUGGCUCAGUGUGAUCAGACUUCAUGUCAGUCAGUAAAAGCUGGAUAUCAGAUGAUCUAUGCUCAGUACCUGAAGGGGAAUCUCUCUCUCUACAUCACUGACGCUGAUUUCAGUAUGAGAGGAUUGUACACAUGUGAGUGUGAUGGGACAGUCAUCAGAGAUGUGGAAUUCAGCAUUAAUGCUCUGAACUCUACACUUCAGAUUAAGUCUGGUGAAUCUCUGGUGCUGGAUUUGGAAAUACCAGAUCCAGUAGAGGUGCUUCAUGACAGCACAGGAGCAGACGGUUUUUCCAGUGGUCAGAUCUGUACAGUGAAUGGACGCUCAGUACAGUGCAGUGAUGAUUAUAAACAGAGAGUGUUGUUCUCACCUGCUCUUGAGGUGAAAGGAAUGAAUCUGUCUCAUAGUGGAGUUUACACCAUCCGGGAUGCCAGAACUAAGGAGGACAUUCAUGUCUACACAGUGACCGUCAGAGAUGAUCCAGAUCCGCCUGGAGAACAGAAGAUUGUUUCGUCAGUGCUGAAGUUGGCAGGGAUAGUGGUGGGGACUGCAGUUAUUACUAUUGUAAUAUGGUCUGUGAUUGUAGGAAUAUGUAUGAAGAAAACGAGGCUGUGUGGAGGAUGUUUUAAGAUUGAUAAUGUUGCAGGAAAUGAAGAGGACAAUCAGGAUGCAGAAAAAGAGAACAUCCUGACACCUUACCAACAGUAAACUGUAACUCUGAGACUGUGUCUCGAUUCGCUUCCUAGAGAACAUUCGUCCAAAUGCAGCAUUAAAUUUGAUUGCAUUGGGAAGUUGAAGCUAGGAGAACAUGCAUUUU